AUGCUCGCAGUCAUACCCAAUGUCUUUGCACUUUUUCAGGCGGCUCAGAAGGUCUUCUACUCGAGCGUUGAUCGCGGCGCCAGCGAUCAGUCAUGUGGUUUCUUCAACGACGUUGCGCCUAGUUUCGAGGCCAAGGCCUUUACGACCAGUUUCCGUGAUGCGAUAAAGGAUAAGCUGCUAGAGUAUAUUGCUAUUCCAGACAUUGGUAUCCCUGCCGCAGAGGGUUUCAUUGAUGUGAUAGAUAGUACUUGA